AUGGGGAACAACACCAAGGUCGUGGCAAUCUUUGGUGUUCUUGUGUUCCUGCAGGCAGUAUCGUGCGCCGUGGCCCGGCACCACGCUGAUCAGCUGACGCCCCUCACCGGCGUCCAAUCGGGAACGAUGACCCUGAACGGGUACGAAGAAGGAGAAGAGGGCGGCGGGCCAGCGGCGUGCGACGGCAUAUACCACAGCGACGGGGAUUUCCUGCUGACGCUGCCUACGGAGCUGUACGCGGGCGGGGCCCUGUGCCACAGGUUUAUGAACAUCGCGAGCACGCAAACCGGGCGCAGCGUGAGGGCCAUGGUUGUGGACUUGUGCGAUGACUGCGGCGACGACGAGCUGGGGACAUCAGCUGCCGUGUGGAUUGCCCUGGGGCUCCACACCGAUGCCGGCGUCGCGCCCAUCACGUGGUCUGUCCAAUGA